AUGCUAAGAGCAGGCAAAGAAAUCCACCAGCAAACCAGGUCUUCCCCAGCCCAACAAACAGGAGAAUGGAACAGAAAACCUGAUAUGGGCGAUAAGGUUUUCGGCAAGCUGCAUUAUGCAGCCUUUAAUGUUUACUGCUACCCAAAGAUACAUAUGACAAAAUCCACAUUGAGUUCUCAAGAAAAACAGCAGCAUUACUGCUCAGAGUGUCCAGUCUGGCUGAGAUCCCAAGCAGCUGGCCUGAAGCAGUAUGCCCUGGAUAGAAAGCAGUUGGUUUUUGAUGUCCCAGCAUUUCUGGAAGAGGAAAAGAAGCUGGGGAAUCAACCGAUUGGGAACUAUAGUCCAGACAAAAUACCUUGUCAACACUGUAGUCAAAAACAGAAAUGGAUUGAAAUCCAGGAAAGUGUUUUUUGUGUCUGGUUCAUUUCCAGCCAGCAUACACUGGGAGAGAAGCAGCUAAAGACCAUGCAGAAAAAUGUGGCAGGCCCGAAGGCUCAAUGUAAAAAAUGGCUUCCAGGCCUGACAGAGGAUAGUAAAGCUGGUUGCAGUAUCUGUUCAGUAUCUCGUGAUUCCUCUGCCCUUCAGGUGAACGAGGCCGAGGAAGAGCGCCUGCGCAGCGAACGGGAGCACCAGCGAGUCACCCAGCUCUGCCAGCAGGCUGAGGCGAAGGUGCAGUCGCUCCAGAAAUCCCUCAAGCGAGUCAUUCUGAAGAGCAAGCCCUACUUUGAGCUGAAGGCUCAGUUCAACCAAAUCCUGGAGGAGCACAAGGCCAGGGUGACGUCCCUGGAGCAGCAGGUCUCCCAGGCCAAGAUGCGCUAUUCCGUAGCCCUGCGCAACCUGGAGCAGAUCAGCGAGCAGAUCCAUGCGCGGCGGCUCCAACGCUUGGUCGGACGGCGCGCUUCCCCAGUUGGUGCUGAAGCCAGCCCAGCGAUACUGUACGGCGGGAUGGUGCUACCUCCAGAGCCCGUCACCUCGUCCGACACGCUCUCGGUCCUCAGCUUCCAGACCAUCGCCUCCGACUUGCAGAAGUUUGACUCGGUUGAGCACCUGAUGGGCCUGUCUGAUGCUGCUAGUCUCAACAGUGAUGAGCUGGAGGAAAGGGAGCAGCGGCGGAUGGCUCAGCCCCACUCCUUUAAACACCACCGCAGCAUCAGCCUCUGACCUGCUCCUUCUCCCGCCGCCCCUUUAAGUCCCGGCCUUCAGAAGAAGGUUGAGGGGGGAAGUGCUGGUUCCCAGGCACUAGAAGAAGUUGCAAGCGGAGGCAUGGAUUCCAUAAUGGUUUUUGACCUCAUCCAUCUGCAGUGUUGAUUUUUCCACUCCACUAUAGGUGCAAAUCCCAGAUUUUCUGCCCUUAAUCUUAAUUUAAACCCCACCUCGGGGGUUCAUGUCCCAGUCCCAGGUUCCCCCCCACCCCGAUUUUAGCAUUCUUAAUCCCACCCCAUCUGAUCUAUCAAGCUGCCAUCUCCCCAAGCAUGCCCCUCUUCCCUGGGAGCAUUGCAUGCCGGAAGUAAUCUGCAACUUUGCACUUUUAUCCUGGCUUGUUGGAUCCCUGGUGAUGUAGUUAUGCUCAGCUGCUGGCAGGCUGGUCUAGAAGCAGAGAGGGGAGGGGAGAGAGGGAGGGAGAGAAAGAGAGAGAGAGAGGUGUGGGAGGGAAGCAACUUUGCUCCUUUUAAUCUUUCUUUGAGGGGAGGGGGCGAAGAGGAAUAUAGGUGGGAUGUAGAGCUAUUAGUGUAGAAAUGCUCCCCCCCCCCAGGCGCCUCUCACUGCCUUUGAGAGAGAACUUCCCACACUGCUUUCCCGCAAGGCUAUAGAUGACAAUAAAUGGCUUGUUUAAAGAAGAACUCUGGUGCCCCACAGGGCUUCUCACUAUCACCCAUAACUGACAAGGCAUGCUAUUUGUCCCUCCUUUGCAACAGAGGGCACACACACACACACACAGACACACACACAGACACACACACACACACAAGCAAGAUGGCAGCCACCCGCCUCUUUCUAAGCUCCUCCUAAGCAGAGAUGCGCCGUCUUGCCUCAUUGCAAAAUCCAAUGGAGAAACUGGCACCGCGUUGGUACUGCCCAGCACUCCCAGGAGAGGAAGAGAUGUGGGGGCAGGAGGCUCCUUCCACCCGAAAGGCCCCCACCUACUCAAUACCCCUCAGCACAAUCAUUCCUGCCGCGCCUGUUGCUCUUUUACUCUUCCAAUCAUUUGCACUAGCAAAAGUGGCAAAAGAGGGGACCGGGUGUUUUUUUUUCCUUCCGUUUUUCCAGCAGUUCCCCCCUUCCCCCCCUUCUUUCCAUGCCUUUUGGCGGGUAGGGAAGGGGGCAGGCAGGUGAGGAGCAGUUUCUGCCAUUCUAAACAAAUUUGCUGGACUUUUGGCUGUGAUGAGAACUUGCCGGUUUGAGGCAGCCAUACAGCAACUCUUGUUCAUGUUUGUUUGUGUGUGUGUGUGUAUGUGUGCGCGUACGCGGGGGUGUGUGGAGGUUUGUAUGACCGGCUUAUGCUGUGUAAUUUUAUUUAAAGUAAAAUUUAUGCCCUAUCAAGUGA